ACUUUGUGUAUUGUAAAGCGCCCGAAGAAUUGAUUGCGCUUAUGCUCAGUUGAGAAUCAGCACAUCGGCCAGUCAGCUGACCCGUCUUGUGAUAGCAGCCACCAGCUUCUACCAGUCGUAUCGGGUGUAUUCACUUUAUGAAACGCUGAACGUUGUUGUAGAUAUCACUUAAAUAUAUAAAUAAGUACACAAUGACGAGCCACGGGCUGUCAAAAGUUGGAACCGAGGAGAAAGAAUCUAAAUUUGGAUAUGUCUAUGCCGUUUCUGGGCCUGUUGUUACUGCAGAGAAAAUGUCAGGCUCUGCUAUGUAUGAAUUAGUUAGAGUUGGGUAUUACGAACUGGUAGGAGAAAUUAUUCGUUUAGAAGGAGACAUGGCUACUAUUCAGGUAUAUGAAGAAACCAGUGGUGUUACUGUAGGAGAUCCUGUACUUCGAACAGGAAAACCAUUAUCCGUUGAAUUGGGUCCUGGAAUAUUAGGCAGUAUUUUUGAUGGUAUACAGCGUCCAUUAAAGGAUAUUAAUGAACUUACCAAUUCCAUUUAUAUACCAAAAGGUAUUAAUGUACCUUGUUUAUCACGUACCGCAUCAUGGGAGUUUAAUCCUUCGAAUAUAAAAAAUGGCAGUCAUAUAACCGGUGGUGAUCUAUACGGUAUAGUUUAUGAAAAUACCUUAGUGAAGCAUAGAAUGAUUUUACCUCCAAAGAGCAAGGGCACUGUCACUUACAUUGCGCCAAAUGGAAAUUAUACGGUCGAUGAUGUUGUAUUGGAAACAGAAUUUGAUGGCGAGAGGCAGAAGUAUACUAUGCUUCAGGUAUGGCCAGUACGUCAACCCCGUCCAGUUACGGAAAAAUUGCCAGCUAAUCAUCCGUUACUUACUGGACAACGUGUAUUAGAUUCCCUCUUUCCGUGUGUACAAGGAGGAACAACGGCUAUUCCUGGAGCUUUUGGAUGUGGAAAAACAGUAAUUUCUCAAGCUUUGUCCAAAUAUUCCAACUCUGACGUUAUCAUAUAUGUAGGAUGUGGUGAACGUGGUAAUGAGAUGUCCGAAGUACUACGUGAUUUUCCCGAAUUAACCGUGGAAAUCGAUGGCGUUACUGAAUCCAUCAUGAAACGUACAGCUCUGGUAGCUAACACUUCCAACAUGCCUGUCGCUGCUCGAGAGGCUUCUAUUUAUACCGGUAUCACUUUAUCCGAAUACUUCAGGGAUAUGGGCUACAAUGUUUCGAUGAUGGCAGAUUCUACUUCCCGAUGGGCAGAAGCAUUGCGUGAAAUUUCUGGUCGUUUAGCUGAAAUGCCUGCAGAUUCUGGUUACCCUGCAUAUCUCGGAGCUCGAUUAGCCAGUUUUUACGAACGUGCAGGAAGAGUAAAAUGCUUAGGAAAUCCAGAUAGGGAAGGAUCCGUUAGUAUCGUCGGUGCCGUAUCUCCACCGGGUGGUGAUUUCUCAGAUCCUGUGACUAGCGCUACACUUGGUAUAGUACAGGUCUUUUGGGGAUUGGACAAAAAACUUGCACAACGUAAACAUUUUCCAUCGAUCAAUUGGCUUAUAUCGUACAGUAAAUAUUUGCGUGCGUUAGAUGAUUUUUAUGACAAGAACUUCCCAGAAUUUGUACCAUUGAGAACAAAGGUAAAAGAAAUUUUACAAGAGGAAGAAGAUCUAUCUGAGAUUGUACAGCUGGUUGGUAAAGCUUCCCUUGCAGAAACAGAUAAGAUUACAUUAGAAGUUGCAAAACUUUUGAAAGACGAUUUUCUGCAACAAAACAGUUACUCCCCAUACGAUCGUUUCUGUCCAUUUUACAAAACUGUAGGAAUGUUAAGAAACAUGAUUGCAUUUUAUGAUAUGGCAAGGCACGCAGUAGAAUCUACUGCCCAAUCUGACAAUAAAAUUACGUGGAAUGUAAUUCGCGACAGUAUGGGAAAUAUUCUUUAUCAACUAAGUUCGAUGAAAUUUAAGGAUCCUGUAAAGGAUGGAGAAACUAAGAUAAGAGCUGAUUUUGAUCAGUUACACGAAGAUAUCCAACAGGCAUUUAGAAAUUUAGAAGAUUAAUUUGCUACAAGAGUAUCAACUAGCAACAAUGUUGGAUUACUUUCAUUUUUAGAUAGUUUGUGAUCGAAGGAUAUCCCGGUUUAAUUUAAAAGAAAAAGAAAAAUAAAAGAAAAAGAAAAAUAAAAAAAAAAUCAAAACAGGAAAAGAAAAGAAAGCACAGAAAACACUAUGAUUAAAUCGAUAAUUUUUUUCAUGAUAAUAAAUUACUUUCAUGAAGUAGCAAUAUGUGUAAUGCAUUAAAUGUACGCUUCUGUGUAUAUUAGAUGAUAAUGCACCUUUACAAUGCAUAUAAAUACGCAUAAGACAAUAAAGCGCGGGAUGUUCUUAGAUACCUCUCUGUGUCACUUGGAAAUGCGUUUAACAGUCUUAUAUAUUACUUGCAACAUUACUUGUGAUAGAAUCACUUGUAAUUAGGAAAUUAUAUAAAAUUAGAAGAGAUUUCAGUUGGCAAUAAAUUCUUAUCGCUUCCAUCUUCUAUACAUUUGUAUAAUACACAUGUGAAAAUAUCGCGUGAAAUGCUUCCUGGAUAUAGACACAAUGAUAAAAUAUAAAAGCAGAGAAUUAUCUACUAGAAUUUUAAUGUAUGGUGAAGAUACAGAAUGAUAUCAACAUUUUUCACUGAAUUUAAAAAGCUGCUUUAUGUCGUUAAACGACGUUAAUUCAGUGCGAGAAAGACAUGUUACCAUUAGCUGUAAUGUAUACACCCUCUUCUAUCGUUGGAAGAGGAAGACCUUUUUUCGAGCAUAGAAUCAUUGCUGUAGAACGCAAAAUGAAAAGUUAUACUAUAUUUGUUGUUUCAGUAACACGUUUGACGUUAAUUCUAUUGUACAAUAUGUAAAAAGCAAAUAAAAAUCAUGAAUAAAAGGAAUAUCUUUACCAAA